AUGAAUCCUGAAACAUUUUAUGAAAAUUUACACGUUCUCAAGGCAACGAAAAAUGAAAAUUUUUAUGAAAAUUUACUUGCGAUCGUAAACUUUAAUCUUGUUGAAAAAUUUGAACAUGGAAGUGAUAGACCGUGUACAAAAGAUGAUUUUAAUAAAUCUAUAGAAAAUCGUGAUAAACAAAUUUCAUUCGCAUAUUUGAUUUUUACUGAUCUUAUCCGUAGUGGAUUUUUUUCUGAUGAAAAUUUUUGUUUGGAAUUAGAAUUGUUGGUUGCAUUGUUUAUUUUAUGCGGGGAAAAUUCUGAGAUUAAACCAUGGAACACGGAAAACACAGUUAAAACUUGUAAAUUGCUAUUAUCGGAAGUUUUAAAUUUAUACAAAUGUUCCGAUGUAACAGAUCUGGUAAAAAAAAAAUAUGGUCAUAAACUUUUUAAAAAAAUUUUACAAACUAUUCGACCGAAAUUAUUACCGGAUUCAUGGAAAUUCUUUCCUUCUACAAUUGUUUGUUACAAAUGGAUUUUGCAUUAUAUAAUACAACCGGAAUUAAGUUAUCACUUAAAUUCAGUUUUACCUACUGCACUAUUGUUAGUUGAUGAUUACAUAAAUGACAAUAAAAUAAUUGGAAUCACAUGUUUAAGUCAUAUAAUAAAAAAUUUGACUUUAGCAGAGCUUCAAUAUCAUAACCAUGGAGAUGUGAUUUAUAAUGCAUUGUUACCUUUAAUUAGAUUAAGAGAUAGCGAAAUAAUUGCCAAGGUUUUACCAACAUUAGUGUUAAUUACUUCAAAAAUGGAAUUUUGUUUAGAUAAUAAAAAUUUAACUGAUUGGUCAAAGUUUGACUGUAUUUACGAAAUUUAUUUAGAAAAUAUGGAAUUAGAAUCAGUUUUAAAUAUGAGAAAUUGUUACAUUCAAAAUUUAGCCCUUCUAUUAAAAGCCACAACUAAUGAAUUAUUACGUUGGUGUAAAAGACUACUGAGAAUUUUUAACGAAUAUAUUGAAAUAGCUGUAAAACAUGAUGAUGAUUUUGUUAUAAGUUGUUCCUUAAAGAAUAUAGAAAUAUUCAUUGAGCAAACUGUGGCAGCUAAACACCUUUAUGGAAGAAAAUUAUCGUUUAUACUUAUUAAAACAUUAUUGAAUUCUACCAAAGGGUCAUCCGAUGAACAAAAAAAAAAUAAAGAGAAUAAGGAUGUAACAUCUGGUGAUGGAGAAGAACCAGAAGAAGAAUUUUCUGUUGAAAAAGUUCUCGAUAGAAGAGUAAGAAAUGGAAAAGUGGAAUAUUUGUUAAAAUGGAAAGGAUAUUCUAAUGAUGAUAAUACAUGGGAGCCAGAAGAGAAUUUAGACUGCCCCGAUUUAAUAUCUGAGUAUGAAGAAAUUCGAAAAAAAAAAGAAAUAGUCAAAAAAAAUGAUCACAAAAGAAAAUCAACUCAUGAAGAUAAAAAAAAUGUACCUACAAAGAGAAAACAUUCUGAAGAAGAUGGCAAGCCGAGAGGUUUCGAUAGAGGAAUAGAACCGGAAAAAAUUAUCGGUGCCACCGAUUCAAGUGGAGAAUUAAUGUUUUUAAUGAAAUGGAAAGGUAUUGACGAAGCUGAUUUAGUGCCUGCAAGACAAGCGAAUGUAAAAUGUCCUCAAAUUGUAAUCGCUUUUUAUGAGGAAAGAUUAACGUGGCAUACAUCGGCACAUGAUGAAGAAGAUGAUACUGCAGGAGAUGUGGCAUAA